UUCUCAUUUUGUUUAGGUGAAGUCAACUAAUCACAUUUUACAGUGUGCAAUGUGAAACAUAACGGAUGCACUGCCAGUGAAGGUCAGGGAACGACCAUUGGACUUUAGUGAUAACCACCUGUUGAGUUUCGGGGUGUAAAAUCCAAAAGCGAGACAUGCACACGAGAGGGGAGGGCAAACAGAGCCUAUAAAUGACCUCCCAUCGCUCCCUUUAACAACACAUUUUUAUAUGUCACUGCUGUAAUCUCGCUCUCCAUGGAAAAACUGGCUCAGCUCACGAAACAGCUCGAGAAAUUAAUGAAAACUGGAUAUUUCUCAUAAUUUUUCAGCCAACGCUGAACACAAUUUGAAAACAACUACAUAAAGCAGAGAAACUCAUAAGAAAUUGUGGAUAACUUUGGCGCCUGUGUAAUCUAAAGCAGCCAUGGAUCCGGUUAUUGAAGUCGUUGCUUUAAUUCUAGGCUUUUUGAGUUGGGUAAUGGUUGGCGUCGCAAUCCCGAACCGUUACUGGAAGGUAUCCUCGUUAGACGGGACAGUGAUCACCACCGCAACCCUGUACGAGAAUCUGUGGAUGUCCUGCGCCACGGACUCGACGGGAGUGCACAACUGCCGCGAAUUUCCCUCACUGCUGGCCCUGUCUGGUUAUAUCCAGGCGUCCCGCGCUCUUAUGAUCGCGGCAGUGGUGGCUGGCACGUUCGGCGUGGUGGCUACACUCAUCGGCAUGCAGUGCUCGAAGGCCGCUGGUGACAACCACAUACUGAAAGGCAGAAUCGCCGGAACCGGAGGCGCAUUUUUCCUGCUGCAGGGUUUGUGCACCAUGAUAUCAGUGUCCUGGUACGCGGCCAACAUCACUCAAGAGUUCUUCAACCCGCUUUACCCUGGCCAAAAGUAUGAGAUUGGAGAGGCUUUAUACAUUGGCUGGGCCUCUGGUGUUCUUGCCAUCUGUGGUGGAGCUUGUCUCAUGUUCUCCUGCAAAUUAGGCACAAAGGAGAAGGCUUACUACCAGCCCACACGUGAAACAGUUUACUCAGCAUCCGCAUCCAGGAGAGACGCUCAGAGCACUUAUGGAAGAAAUGCCUAUGUCUGAAUGAAGAAACUCCGGUCAAUUUCAUGGCCAAACAACAUUAUAUUAUACAUUACAUUAAUAGUUAACUGUUAAUAUUCUGUGUAGUGAUGUUUCAUCAGUGCAAUUAUGUAAAUAUUUAUACAGUACCAAACGCACAGGUGGUUUUGUGGCCACCUAAGGAUAAGUCAUUAAUCAAGUAAAAUGUUACCAUGUCGGUUUUGCUGUGCAAAAACACCUCAGAGAGCAUUAUACAGAAUGAAAGAGUUGAAAUUACUGCAAUUGUGAGUAGAAUUUUGAAUUUUGUUGCCGUUACAUGAAUCAAGAUUUGAAAAAAAAAAGAUUUAUAAUAUGUUAAUUAUCUUGUCUCCAUUUAUUUGUACAAAUGACCCUGUUUUAUAUGAUGUUUUAUACAAACAAUAAACAAACACGACAUUAA